UCUGCAGCCAUGGAGCAGCCCGUGAUGAAAGACAGAUCGCCAGUGGGUCAGAUGUGUUCGGUGGUGGCACCCGCCUCGGCCAAGCAGCCUUCCGCCGCCCCCUCUCCCUCCAACACCAUGGGCCCUAAGGAGGUGGAGCUGAUUCUGGUGAAGGAGCACAACGGUGUCCAGUUCACCACCUCCACGUUGGUCAGCCCCGCUGGGCACCCUCACGGCCACGGCCUUGCUCUGGGCCCCAGUCACGGACACACCCCUGUCCCCGGAGAAGAGAGGGAGACCUGGGGGAAGAAGAUCGACUUUCUCCUGUCUGUGAUAGGGUUCGCUGUGGACCUGGCCAACGUGUGGAGGUUCCCCUAUCUCUGCUAUAAGAACGGAGGAGGAGCGUUCCUAGUGCCCUAUCUGUUCUUCAUGGUGAUAGCAGGCAUGCCUCUGUUCUACAUGGAACUGGCUCUGGGACAGUACAACAGAGAAGGGGCCGCUGGUGUCUGGAAGAUCUGCCCUAUAUUCAAGGGUGUUGGUUUCACAGUGAUCCUGAUCAGUCUGUACGUGGGCUUCUACUACAACGUGAUUAUAGCCUGGGCCCUGUUCUACCUGUUCUCUUCCUUCACCGGAGAGCUGCCCUGGGUCCACUGUAACAACACCUGGAACAGCCCCAACUGCUCGGACCUCUGGGCCUUCAACAACUCCCUCAACGACACACACAAGUCCACCCCCGCAGCCGAGUACUUUGAGCGUGGGGUGCUCCACCUACAGGACAGUGAGGGUAUAGCUGACCUGGGUCUGCCUCGUUGGCAGCUGACAUCCUGCCUUGCUGUGGUCAUCGUGGUUCUGUACUUCAGCCUCUGGAAGGGGGUCAAGACCUCAGGGAAGGUUGUGUGGAUCACAGCCACCAUGCCCUACGUGGUCCUGACGGUCCUGCUGCUGCGUGGGGUCACCCUCCCUGGAGCCAUGGAUGGCAUUAAGGCCUACCUCAGCGUCGACUUCCUACGACUCUGUGAGCCUCAGGUCUGGAUAGACGCUGCCACUCAGAUCUGCUUCUCUUUGGGAGUCGGGUUUGGUGUGCUAAUAGCGUUCUCCAGCUAUAACAAAUUCAGCAACAACUGCUAUAGGUAA